UUUACAUGUCAAGUUUCUACUUCUGUUUUAUGAUAAUCUGGUCUUAGUCUGAGGACUCUGUUGCUCAAUUGUUAUAGAAAACUUUGUAUUCAGUGAUGAGCAUUGCACGCUUCCUGGCUAUUGCAACCUUUGCAGGGCUGGUCUGGGUGGUACCUGCUGACGAAAAGUUUAUAAACUGUGACAUUCUCACGAACCGUAAUAACAUAGAUACUGAGUUGGGGUACAUAGACCUGGCUGGAGAGGUUGCUACGAUACCCGAGGAACUAACUGAGGAGAUGAGUAUGAUCCAUGUCCGAUGUAAAAAAGACAGCCAAACGUUCACCAACAAAAUCAGGCUUCUCUCCUAUAUUGACGAAAGUAUUAUUGACACGAAGAACGGAAGUGCACAAAACAACUUUAUAGCAGUGACCUGUUCAGGAGGUUCACUGAGUCCCAGUAUCCUGACCUCCCAAACAACCUGGUGUGGUACAGGAUGUCCCCUCCUCCCCACGGAUCCGUCUACGAACUGGAAAGUGAUUUAUCCACUACCUCUUCUUUCCACUCAAGAAACAGAUGCUCCAGUUCUCCAGAACGCAGAGCUUGCUAUCAGUCUCACAUGCAGAACUGGUUCUGCAAAGGCUAACGAAGGAACAAGUGUGACAUUAACAAAAUGCUCUGACUCUGGUUACACUCCGGACCUAGGCCAGCUCAUAUCUUGUGUUCAUGGAUGUACUGACCUCCCUGCAAUAGGAAAUGUCUCCGCUGCUCCCUCUCCAUCCACCGUGACAGGAGCUGCUCCGUACAACAUUGGUGAUAUAGUGGUGAUGAAAUGUGAAAAGUCGGGGUAUAACCUCCUAACCUCAGCCCAGAUCACGUGUUUAUCAACACAGCGCUGGAGUGAUCCCAGGGUGCCGCUAUGUUUGCCGCUUUCUGCUUGAUUACAUCUUCACAAAACAUAUUCAGACUGAUUCCCUCCAGGUGCCGCUAUGUUUGCCGCUUUCUGCUUGAUUACAUCUUCACAAAACAUAUUCAGACUGAUUCCCUCCAGGUGCCGCUAUGUUUGCCGCUAGCUGUCAGCUCGGGCUAUCAGACGAGUCACCUCCUACAGCUGAUCCUAGUAGUUGUAGCCUGGCUCCCACAAUGGCAGAUUUAAAAGAUUAAAGAUGUUUUUGGAUACUAUUAUAUUGAGUAUAUUAAUUUAUAUUGAUUAUAUUAAUGACAGUUACUGAUUUAGACAGACAUUAAAUUGUUAAAUUUUAUAAUUUGACAGCGGUGUGGCAUGUAAGAGUUAUAAUAGUUUCAAUUGUAUAACCAUUAUACUUCUCGAAGUAUGAUGAUGUAUUUUUAAUGUUUAAUUUUGAAGUUGC